AUGGGACAAAUCCCACCUUCCUUUGGUAAUCUUUCAUACCUUGACGCCAUUUCUGCAGCAUACAAUUAUUUAAGUGGAAGUAUUCCAGAUACCCUUGGCCAAUUGACAAGAUUAACAGUUCUUCAGGUUUUUGGAAAUAAGUUGUCUGGUACUAUCCCUCCCACUAUAUACAAUUUUUCCUUACUUGAAAUUUUUGAUGUUGGACAUAAUCAACUUCAAGGGAGUCUUCCACCAAAUUUAGGCUUCAGUCUUCCUAAUCUAUUGGGGCUUUCAGUUUCACGAAACCAGUUUCAUGGAUCAAUUCCAAUUUCUGUGUCCAAUUUGUCAAAACUCGAAGAACUUUUAGCUCACGGCAACAGUCUUACUGGAAAAGUAACUAUUGACUUUGGAAGGCUAUCAGAACUCUAUGGGCUUUCAUUGUCCAUGAAUCAUUUGGGAAGUGGAAAAGCUGAUGAUCUGAAUUUUAUCAACACAUUGAUCAACUGUACGAGUUUAACAUAUUUGGAGCUUUUCAGUAAUCAGUUUGGUGGCAUGCUCCCCAACUCCAUAGCAAACUUAUCGACUCAACUGACAAGACUCGAACUGGAAAAAAAUCAAAUAUCUGGAGACAUCCCAGUGGGGAUAGGGAACCUUGUAAGCUUACAACUCUUGAGUCUAUCUCAUAACUUAUUAGAAGGAAGUAUUCCGACUUCAAUUGGGAGACUUCAAAUGCUAAAUAGUCUCAGUUUAAAUGGGAAUAGAUUCGCAGGGCCAAUCCCUUUUUCUCUUGGAAACUUGACACGAUUGAUUGAGCUCUAUUUAGGUUAUAAUCGCUUCCAAGGAAAAAUACCUUCAAGUCUUGGAAAAUGCAAAUCUUUGUUGAUCAUGGUCCUUUCCAGUAAUAGAUUUAAUGGUAUCAUCCCCAGAGAGAUAUUUGAUAUUUCCACAUUAAUAGAGCUAUACUUGAGUAGAAAUUCUUUCUUUGGUUCUCUACCUUUGGAAGUGAGUCGACUGAUUAAUCUUGGUAUCCUAGAUGUUUCUGAAAACAUGUUGUAUGGGAAAAUCCCUAGCACCCUUGGUGCUUGUACAAGCCUAGAGCACCUUUUUAUGCAGAGUAACUCAUUUCAAGGAUCUAUACCAUCGUCUCUGAGUUCUCUAAGAGGUCUUCAAGAUUUAGAUCUUUCACACAACAACUUCUCUGGUUUUAUCCCAAAAUAUUUGGGUAAAUUUAUGUUUUUACGAAAGUUAAAUCUAUCAUUUAAUCAUUUGGAGGGUGAAGUACCAGCAGAUGGAAUCUUUAGAAAUUUGAGUGCAGUUUCAGUCAUUGGAAACAAUAAGCUUUGUGGUGGUGUACCAAAACUUCAUUUGUCAUCAUGCCAAACUCAAAAGUCAAAACAAGAUGGCAAGCCUCAUGUUUUCAAGCUGAUAGUCAUCAUAUGUGGUUGUGGGGGCUUUCUAUUUUUGAUUGUUAUGAUAUUUUUUUUCAUUAGCUACCGAAGAAGAAAAGAAAGGAAAGAAUCCCCUUCAUCUUUUAUAGGGGCUCAUCAUUUUAAGAUCUCUUAUGCCCAACUCCUUAAAGCUACCGAUGGAUUUUCUUCUGCAAAUUUGGUUGGAGAGGGGGGUUUUGGUUCUGUGUACAGAGGAGUUCUCAAUCAUGGGGAAACCAUUGUUGCAGUAAAGGUCCUCAACAUUAAACAAGGGGGUGCUUCCAAGAGUUUCAUGGCUGAAUGUGAAUCCCUUAGAAACAUUCGGCAUCGUAAUCUUGUAAAAAUCUUAACAUCUUGCUCAAGUAUAGAUUUUAAAGGCAAUGAUUUUAAGGCUUUAAUAUAUGAGUUCAUGCCCGGUGGGAAUUUGGAUAGAUGGUUACAUCCAUAUGCAGAUGGAAUACAAGAUGAACAUUGGCAUUUAAACCUUGUUCAAAGAUUGAAUAUUGCCAUUGAUAUGGCAACAGCAUUGGAUUAUCUUCACCACCGUUGUCAUACGCCGAUUAUUCACUGUGAUCUAAAGCCGAGCAAUAUUCUUCUCGAUGGUGAUUUGACUGCACAUUUGGGUGAUUUCGGGAUAUCAAGAAUUCUUUCAAAAGUCACAAGUAGAUCUCAAAAUCACACUAGUUCGAUCGGAGUAAAAGGAUCUAUUGGAUACAUUGCACCAGAGUAUGGUGCUGGUGCUGAUGUUUCAACGCAUGGCGAUGUCUAUAGUUAUGGGAUUCUCUUGUUAGAGAUGUUCACAGGGAAGAGGCCUACUCAUGAAAUGUUCAAAGAUAACUUCAAUCUUCAUUUCUGGGCUGAGAUGGGUUUGCUUGAUGGAGUGAUGGCUGUUGUCGACCCGUUACUUCUCCCCAUGGAAGAAGAUGAAGAUGCGGCAGCAACAACUAUAACCAACAUAACUGGAAGUCGAAGAUGCACAAAGAAUAGAGUGCAAGAGUGCCUUAAUUCAGUUAUUAGAAUUGGAGUUACCUGCUCAACUGAAUCACCAUGGCAUCGAAUGGACAUAAAUGAUGUGGUCAAAGAGCUACAUCUGAUCCGGGACAUUUAUCUUGGAGUUGGCACCCACCGAGAAGAUGAACUAUAAUAAGGCCUAUGAAAAGUGGUAAGUCAUCAUUUCCUUCAAUAUUUGA